AUGUCACGCAAGGUUGAUCAACUGCCGAUGCCGGUAGAGGUUAGAAGGAUGAAGGUUAUUGUAGCCAGUCCUAGUCGGUCUGGUACACUGGGUCUCUACCAAGCAAUGAAAAUCCUGGGGUUCAAAACGUACCAUCUCUAUGAGUGCAUUGCCGUGAACGGCUUACCCCACUUGCAGGCUAUGAAAGAGGCUAUAAUAGCCCAGUAUAAUCGGAUAGCUGGGGUGAAGAAGUUCAAUCAGACUGAUUAUGACAGAUGGCUUGGGGAAUAUGACUGUCUCGUUGAGAUUCCUAGCUACAUGGGCAUGGAUCUCAUUGGAGAAUAUCUAAAAGACCCAGAGGUCAAAUUUAUUCUCACUGAGCGAGACCCUGACAAGUGGGUGAACUCCGUCAACAACACAGCGGGAGGAGUUGCCAAAAUGGGAUAUGAAUUUCCAUUUUCGAUCCUCAAAUAUUUCGAUGCCACCCUCUAUGACUUCCUUGAUCUGAAUGACCUUGUUUAUAAGGCAUUAUCGGGUUGCACAGAAAUGGGUGACCCAGACAACAGGGAGAAUCUCCGUCAGUACUAUACCGACUACAUCAACCUGGCAAAGGCGACAAUUCCUGCAGACCGUCUAUGUCUGAUUCAACUCGAAGAUGGUCUUGAUUGGGAAAAGAUUUGCCCUUUCCUUGACCUCCCAAUCCCAGAUGUGGCAUACCCCAAUCGCAACGAACCUGAGAAAUUCCAGGUUAUGGUCGAAGAAUUCCUUCAGCCCAAGAUUAUAGCUUCCGUCAUGAGACUCAGUGCCGUGGCUAUUCCUGUAGUCGGCGUUCUUGGCUGGGCAGCUGUCAAAUAUGCACGGUUCUUUGUGGCUUGA